UCUCUCAAACCGUUUCCGUGAUCGAUUUCAACUUUCAGUCCAGAGAUCCAAAUGUCGGAUAUUGCAAGUACGGCCAUUGGUACGGGCCUCAUAUGCUGGGAUCGCACGGCCAAGUACCGGAAGUACAUUUGGAGUCUUGGAGACAAAUUGACCGCCCUUAAGACCAAGACGGAUGAGCUGGGCCACAUCUAUGAAGACGUGCACCGACUCGUGGGGAGGGCAGAAGGAGAAGGGUGGAUCCGAAAGAGCGAAGCGGCUGGCUGGUUGCAGAGGGUGAAAGCCUUCAGGGAGGAAGCCGACAAGAUUCUAGCAGAUGGGAAGCAGAUUAUGGGGAGGAAUUGCCUGUGCGGUCUCUGUUACAGGAACUGUCAUUCACGUUACGAGCAAUCAAAGCUCGCUGAGGAAAAGAAGGCCGAGCUAGAAACUGAAUUAGUGCGGGGCCGUAACUUCAAUGGAAAGGAUCAAGUUGCAUACGAGCCUGCUAAUCUGAUCCUUGAGAGAUCUCUUCGGGCUCUUCGCUACAAGACGGUUGAGCUGCGUGGUGUAUUUGACACAGUGAAACAACGAGUUAAGAGGGAGGAAAAUCAUCGCUUGGUUAGAACACCAGAAGUCCGUGGCUGGUUGGAGAGAGUCGAACUUGUCCUCGAGAAGGAAGUGGAAGAGAUUCUUGAGCAAGGGACGCUGGAACUGGACGAGAGCUGCAAGAAAGAGGGAGGGGACUUUCAUUCUCAGAGGAACUCCACCAAUAUAUCAAUGAGCGCUAAUGAGAAGAAAGCUAUCCUGGAAGGGCUGCUCGGAGAACGCCGUGGCUUCAAUGAGUUAACCUGGAAGCUUGAUGAUCCACUCAUGGUUGAGCCUCCAGUGGACAUGAAUUCCAUGUUUGAGGCAAUCAAGAGAAAGUCCCUUUGGGCGGUAAUCUACGAUCCAGUAUGGAAUGCCUAUUCGUAUUUUGUUUGCCAAGCAAGAAAAAUGAAGUUCCUCAAGGCAUAUCUUCGUCGGUAGAGAGGAAUAUGGCCCUUUUCAGGGGUGCCCUGCGUGGUUUUAAAGGAAGGAGAAGCAGAAUGAAAAAAAGAAAAAAAGAAAAAAAAAACAAGAACAAAUCUCUUGCUCAGUUAGAACAUUCCGCGGCCUGUCUGGUCUGACUCAUAGGAUUUGCUUUGGUUUCCUUUUAUCGACCCGGUCGGACAUGUGACUCCUCUCAGAGGAGCAUUGAGGCAGUCUAUGUGCCGUUGUCACUCUUUGUACUAGCCAUUUUAGUGAAAAGGUUGACUUGGUCAGCUAUUGAUGAUGUUUUAACGA